AUCUUACUUUUUCCCGCCUAUCUCCACAGACCUUCCCAUCUGGAACUACGAUGGCAGCUCGUGCUACCAGGCCGAAGGCCACAACUCGGACGUGUACCUGCACCCGGUGGCCAUCUACCGGGAUCCGUUCCGCCGGGGUAACAACAUCCUGGUGAUGUGCGAGACGUACCGCUUCGACGGCCGCCCCACCGAAUCCAACAAGCGACGCACGUGCCGCGAGGUUUGCGACCAGGUCGCCGGCGAAAAGCCCUGGUUCGGAAUCGAGCAGGAGUACACCCUGCUGGACAUUGACGGCCGUCCACUUGGCUGGCCAAAGAACGGGUUCCCGGGACCUCAGGGCCCGUACUACUGCGGCGUCGGAGCGGACAAAGUGUACGCUCGGGACAUUGUUGACGCGCACUACCGGGCCUGCCUGUACGCGGGGGUGAAGAUCUGCGGAACUAAUGCGGAGGUGAUGCCAGCCCAGUGGGAGUACCAGGUGGGACCGUGCGAGGGCAUCUCGAUGGGCGAUGACCUGUGGAUGUCGCGGUUCUUGCUGCACCGUAUCGCCGAAGAGUUUGGAAUUGUGGCCACUCUGGACCCGAAGCCGAUGCCCGGUGACUGGAACGGCGCCGGUGCGCACACCAACGUGUCCACGCAGGCGAUGCGCGACGAGGGCGGUCUGGCCGAGAUCGAGAAGGCCAUCGCCAAGCUGUCCACGUGCCACGAGCGCCACAUCCGGGCGUACGACCCGCGCGGAGGAAAGGACAACGAGCGACGUCUGACCGGAAAGCACGAGACCAGCUCGAUCCACGAUUUUAAUGCCGGAGUUGCCAAUCGUGGAGCUUCCGUGCGAAUUCCGCGAGGCGUCGCCGACGAGGGCAAGGGCUACUUCGAGGACCGUCGGCCCAGCUCCAACUGUGAUCCGUACGUCGUGUGCGAGGCCAUCCUCCGAACGAUCUGUCUGGACGAGUAAGCCAACGGUGAAGGACGACAGCAUCAACUCACACUCACAAUGAAAGACACGAGUUCAGAACAAAAAAAAAAGCUUCGGUGCAUUCGCUUUGUUUAACAAAGGUUAACUUUUAACUUCCAUUUUCUGUUUCAUGUGUACCGUUUUGUAUUUUUGUUCGAUUGUGCAACUUGAUUUGCAGGAGAACUGUUAUGUAUUACAUUAAUAUGCUAAACUCUACCCAACCUGAACCGACAUUGUUCUUUUAACUAGUGACCAGACCUAAAAGUUUAUUCUGUAGAAGAGAGUCUAUUGUUUAUCUUGUUGAAGCAACAAAAUGCACACCGUUUAGUAUUAAGUGACCAAAACACAUAUCGACACGAAUAAAAACAAUCUUGUUGUAAAAA